GCAGAGCACCGUUUGACUUUUAAUUUCUGGGCUGCACUUUCGAUACGUUUUUCUUCAAUCUUUCUUUGAAUAACUAAAUAACUCUAAUAUUAAUAUAAUAUGUAAAGACGCUGAUUGGCUGCCUCUCUGAUUUCGGUUUGUUGUGAAUGAUUAUGAACCCUUUCUUUAAAGUGAAUACAUACAAACUGAGAGACAGAAAGGAGUGAAAGUGCGGCUGAGUUUCUCUCUCACGCCCUUCAGGGAACGGCUCGUUGGAACAGAAACUCCGAGGAUCUGAAUAAUGGCGGCGCAGACGACCGAGUCCGACCAGAUCAAACAGUUUAAGGAGUUUUUGGGGACGUAUAACAAGGUGACGGAGAACUGCUUCAUGGACUGUGUCAGAGACUUCACGACCAGGGAGGUGAAGCCAGAGGAGUCCAGCUGCUCAGAGUCCUGCCUGCAGAAGUACCUGAAGAUGACUCAAAGGAUCUCCAUGCGCUUCCAGGAGUAUCACAUCCAGCAGAACGAGGCCCUCGCUGCUAAAGCUGGGCUGAUGCCAGGAACCAGAAUCUGAGCCACUUCCUAUCCCAGUGCAUCAUGGGAGAUGUAGUGUUAUCUUGUAUUCUUUAAUUUUGGUAUUUAUGUUGAAAUCUUUUGUAUUAAAUAUCAUAAACCCGUUUUCUUUGUGUCUGGAAAUAAAAACUAAUAUGUUGUAAA